AUGUUUUUUUCCUCACAGGUGCUGGCCCCAAAAGCUCCCCAAGAUGGCAAAGCCAAAGUCUCAAAGUGGAAGGAGCAGCUGCAGGAAGAGGAUGACAGUGAUGAAGGCGUCACUGCUGAAGACAUGGAAGAGUGGCGCAAGAGGGAAGAGAUAGAGCGCAAGGAGAGGGAAGCUCGAGAAGCCGAAGAGACCAAAAAACGACGUCAGGCAGAACGAGCUGAACGAGAACGUUUGGAAAAGGAAAGAAAAGAGAAAGAGGUUCAAACGCCACUCGACAUGUUGAAACCUCCAGAGAUCACGGCCGCGGUACCAUCAGUUCCAACACCUCCAGCCCCAGUAGCCCCAGUGGCCCCAGUGGUCCCAGUGGCCCGGAUGCCGUCCUUUGACGCACCCCGGGUCCCAGCUGUGUCGCAGUUCUUGGGCGAUUUGGUGUCACCUCCACGGCUAGGUGGAGCUGGUGGAGCUGGUGGCGAAGAGAGAUACAUCGGUCGGAUCAAAAGAUAUCAAGAUGGACCCCUGGGUGGUUAUGGUUUUAUCGACUGUGAUGAGGUGAAAAGCCGUUUUUCCAGAGAUGUCUACAUCCACAAGAAUCAGAUGAUUGGUUUUCAGAUUGGUGAUGAAGUGAGUUUCACCAUCGCCCUCAACAACAAAGGUGAGCCCCAGGCCCGAAAUGUCAUGAGGCGCGAUGAGGCUGUGAUGUUGCGAGCUGGUCACGACGAAGGGAUGGAUCCCAAUCUGAUGGACGAAUAUCAGGUCAUGAAGUUUGCAGUGGCCUGCCAGUUCUUGUGCCUGGCUGCCUUAAAGUUGAAUGAAGUUGGUAGCCCCGGUGCUACCGUGGCGAAUGCCACCUGGGAAGUAUCACAACUGAUCCAGAGGGUUCAGGAAGCAGACCGAGACGGUACCAAAAAGGUUUUGGGUGACAUUGUUCGCAUGGGCGGGGAGAAACACCUGGAGGAGAUCUUGCAAAGAUUCGCAGCUAUGGGUUAUGACUACAGCGUGCUGCUGCAAUGGGUUUCCGGGACAUUGAAACUGGGAGAAGCCAGCCCUCAGGAAGCAAUCCAUUCCAAGGUGACAGAUGACCAUGGUUUCAAGCUGUUGCUUCGAGGCCUGGAUUCUUCGAAUCAAACUUUGGUGAAAAAUGCCUUGGCUCAGCUUCAAAGUGGCGGCAAGGACUUCUUCUCCUCCAAAUUGCUGGAGCUUCAAAGGAUGGGAUAUGACAUUGCAGCCAUCAAGAGGUGGCUCCCUGCCGAAGGUCAUCCAAGUCAUUUUGAAACCACCCACCUUGCUGCAGUAAAAGCAGGUAUUUCAACAAAACCCGAAGAAUCUGAUGGGUCACAUAUGUCAGAUGUGUCAGAUGUGUCAGAUGCCCAGCAGUUCAUCGACUUGAUGAAAAUGGCCAACGAAGAUGGGAUGAAGACCAGAAUCACUGAAGUCUUCCAGAACGGCGGCAUGCCAAGGAUUCAAGCUGCUUUGAAAAUCGUCCAGGCUUGGGGUUAUGACGCCAAGGAUGUGGAGCUUCUGGCUGCUGGGAAGGAGAUGCGCUCCGCUGGACUGAAGAUCAAGGAAGAACAGAAACAGACUCAGAAGGAAUCGACUCCAUCAACUCCAUCGUCGAAAUCACAGAAAGCAACUGAGAAGACUGAGAAGAAGCAGAAAUUUGAUGCAUUGGAAGCUUCAGAUGAAGCAUUGUCCUUGGUCAAGAGCAUUGCUGAGGGAGACAGGGAUGGUGCUCGAAAGGAAGUGGGUUACAUCUAUGCCAAGGGUGGCCAAGAGGAAUUGGUCGAAGUGCUCCAACGUGCUCAAUUUCGUGGCCACGAUGCAGCAAAAAUCCAAGCAUGGAUCGCAGGAGCUGAAACUCCCAAGCCGUUUCAGCCUGCACCGGUGCCAUCGGUGCAGCAAGCGGUGCAAGCGGUGCAGCAAGCGGUGCAGCAGGCAGUGCCACCGGUGGGCCUGGCCCAUGAGAGUCAUGAGAGUCAUGGGAGUCAGAAGUCCAAUGCCGAACUGGACACAGAGUUCUUGGUGAUGAGGCUCCGUGAUGCCGAUCGAAAAGGUGCAGCUGAUUACGUCAUCCAAAUGUUCCAAGCUGGCGGUCAGCAAAGGAUUCAGAAAGCCCUGGCGGGUUUGAAGCUCUGGGGAUACGACCCCAAGCGUUUCCAACGUUGGGUGUCUCAGGGUGUCCCAGGCUUGGUUCUGGACGGCAGCCCCGUUCAGCAACUCUUUGCUGACCAAUCUGUAGGUUACAAUCCAUCAGAUGUCCAGGCCUGGCUCGCCAACUCUCCAGCGAACUCUGUCACUGCCCUGGCCACGAAGUCCGCCAAGUCGCAGGUGAAGUCUGCGAAGUCUUCGGUGAAACUGCUGGGCGUCCAGGACUUUCGCAUCGCUGUCACCGAUUUGGCCACAGCACAGCUGAACCCCGCUGGGUUUUACCCGCCAGAAACUCGUUGGUGUCCAGCCAUGUUGGAGAACCUUGCAGUGAACUUCACCAAACCAGCCCAACAAAUUUCAGACUUCCAGCUCCACUGGCACCGGGUGCAAGACGCUUGGGAGCUGCUGCAUCGCUCCCUGGUUCAACAUGAGCGAAACAACAAUGCCGAGGACAGUGACUCCUUGCCAUCGGCGUCACCGCAAUGUCCAGAUGUGUCACCGUCACGAGGUGAUUCGAAGAGGCGAAAAAGUUCAUCGCCAGAGUCAAGGCAGGUGUUCGCCGAGCCAAGAGCAGCAGUCCUUCGACAACGCGAAAAAAGGCCACGGCUGACUCCGGCGAAUGCGCUGGUCCUGCGCGGUCAUGCAGAGGUGGAAGGUCGGAAGGAUUCGGAGCCAAGGAAACAUGACAAGUUGAAGGGCGACAAAGCUGAAAAGGCUAAAAAGGCGCCUCGCAAAAAGCAAAAGGCUGAACAGAAGGUGAAGCAGACUGGAGGAUCACAUGCAGAGCAGGUCCAAGAUGAGAAAGGCGAUGGGAAGAAGAAAAAGAAGAAGGAGAAGAAAGAAAAGAAACACAAAGAAAAGCAGAGGAAAGACGAGCAAAACGAGGAAGAAGAACCUCAGAAACCUCCUGAAGAACCGGAGGAACCUUCAGAUGCUGAAGUGCAGCCGCCUUCCCCUCCAAAGCCAAAAUCUCAGAAUGUCAAAUCUAAGAAGGAAAAGGAGAAGAAGGCGGAAAAGAAUCGAAAUAAAUCCGAGAAGGAAAAGAAAAAGGCCACUUCGAAGCAUCGGGAGCCUGAAAAAGUCGAGGAGAAGAAGGACAAAGCCUCCAAGAAAGAGGUCCCUGCCACCAGGCGGAAAGAAAAGAAAUCCAAGCGAGCAGAGAGGUCCAAAUCUGAAGAUCUGCCACGGCAAACAGCGGAUGAACCCGAAGCAGCCGAAGCAGCACCACGAGGUGGGGCAAAGGCAUCUGGACGACAUCGGGAAAGGCAGAUGGCGCAGGUGGCUGAACCUCAGUCUGACAGUGAGACCCGAGAUCGUAGGCGACGGAAGGAGAGGCCGAGAAGUGAGUCGCGCUCGCGACAUCGCAGAAGGCGUCAACGGAUUUUUCCUCCAGAUGCAUGGCAGGUGUGGCCUGCGGGUUCAUAUCACCCAUGGAGUUCUCAGCUGGCUGGAGCCCCCUUUGGGGUGUGGCCCAUGCAGUCAGUGCCUGGUGACAUGAGUCAGGCAUGGAUUCGCAACAUGCAACAGCCACAAGUGGCAGCUCAAGAGUCCGAUUCUUCAGAGGAAUCAGAGGACUUGGAGGGACGAGAAUUGGAAGCACCAAAGGCACAGGAGCAGCAAGAGGAAGGAGAGCAGGAGCAAUCAGAAGAAGAAGAGGAAGAAGAAGAACCAGAGCUGGAACAGCCCAGCAUCCUGAAAAGCACCGUCCCUGUCCCUGGCAUCCUCCCUCAGCCGGGCAUUCUGAAGACGACCGCCCCGGGCAUCCUGAAAACGGUCCCAGCACAAAUUGCAGUGCCAGAUGACGAUGACGGCUCCGCAACGACUCGCACUUCAGAGGGUGAGGAGAGCGAGACAGAGAGCCAGGACGAGGAUGCAGAGAUUGGAGAGGCUCCAGUGGCACGACGACCAAUCAUCGAAUUGGGGAAAGGUGUGGAGGACAUCAGCAUGCCCAAGGUGAAAUGGUACCCACCAGGGCCCGCAAGGCCCAGGGCUGCUUUGCACCACUCCAUGCAGAGGUGGUGUGGACCAAAGGUGGGCUGGAUGGCUCUGUACCAGUUGGAAAUCGAUCCAGCAGUGCAGAUGAAAUCCUCCGUCCAGCAGAUUCGAGAGGGCGAUGGCAAGGGAACAGUUGACCCCGAUGCCAGCGAAAUUGAGGCAACCUCUGAGGCUAAUCCUUCGGAAGCACCGGAAGCACGAGAGGAGGGCCCUGCUGUGCCUCUCCUCAUUCCGCGUUGGGGCAGCACACGUGGUUGGGCCAGCCCUUCAGAGGUGGCAGUUGAGGAGUCGCUCCGCUGGGAGAAGCGGAAGCUUUCCAGCAAUGUCUUGCGGAGCCGCAGGGCUGGCCGCAGUUCAGCUGGAGGUGCUGGUGGAGCAAAUCCUCAAGAUCCGCUAGAAGACACGGCUCAAGAUGGCAAACCAAGCGGGACAAGUACCUUCCUGAUCUUCCUGGGCACCGCCGCGCGUUCGGUGCGAAUUCUGGUGGAGUGGCGCCCACCACCACAGCUGGUGCUGCCGGAGGAUGUCAUCGUCGAUCCAACGAAGUACCGCGGGGUGGAGCGCCAUCUGCGCCAGAAGCGGCGCCCCAAAGCGGCGGCGAAACCGGCGGCCAAGAAGAAAGCAGCGGUGAAGAGUUCCCCAGGAACACCACCUCCCAAGGUACAGCCGGACCCAAACACCGAAUACCAAGCCAAACUCCGUGCUUUGAUGCAACAGCUUCAGGACGGUUCUGCAACUGCAGAUGCUGUGUCGACCUUUUGGAACAGUUUGUCUCCAGCCAACCGGGUACUCUUCAGCUCGGAGUUUCCUCAGUUCAUGCACUUGGUACAGCCAGAUCGCGGAGUUCAAUCCAAAGCCAUGCCAGUGCAGGCUCACAUGUUGCCUGCAACGAGUGUGAUGCAUUUGCCGGUGCCGCCACCUCCCAAGACAAGCCCUCCGGCUGGGAUGAUCCCUGUAGCUCCCAUGGCUGUGCCAGGAAUGCUGGCAGCUCCGGCCCCGGUGGCUUGGGCCAAAGCUUCUCAGUUGACGCCAGAGGUCAUCAAGCAACAGGAGGCUGCCUGGGCCAACAGAUUCACCUUCCAUGAUGGAAUUCUCAGAGCCGACAUGAGUUCUUUGCAACUGGGUGAUACUGGCCUCGCCAGAUGGUGCAAAUGGGCACCCAGCUUACUGAAGACCUUGGGCAGUGCUGGUGGAGCACCGCUCUCCAACGCAGAUUUGAAUUUUUCAGGCAAUGCUCUCGAGGCAGAACGCUUUGGCUCAAGGGGCCAUCGCAGCGGCACCAUGGAGGAUGAGGUCUUCGAGGUCGAAGAUCUCCUGGAUUACAGGCACUCAGAUGGAAAAGACCUCUACUUGGUGCGAUGGAAAGGCUAUGCAGAACCCUCCUGGGAGCCUGAUGAGAACAUUGGCUCCGAAUUAGCUACGUUGAAGCGGGCAGCUCGGGAGAGAGCAGGAGGAGAAGGUGAAGGAAGAAAGAGAAAGAAGAAAAAGGAUGGUGAUGGCGAAGAAAAGCAAAAGAAGGAGAAGAAAAAGGAGAAAAAGAAGCGAAGACGUGGCUCCAGUGAUGGAAAAAAGAAGGGUAAAGACAGUUCGGAUUCGGAUCGUGAUGAGAUGCCAAUGCCACCCAUGCCUGGUAUGAUGCCAGGCAUGAUGCCUGGGAUGAUGCCACCCAUGCCAUUUCCACCCAUGGAUGGCAAGGGGAAAGGUUUGCCUCCCAUGAUGCCCGGCAAAGGAAUGCCACCACCCGGUUUUGGCAAAGGAAUGCCACCUCCAAUGCCACCCUUUGGACCUCCAGUGGGACCUCCUCCAUGGUUUGAUCCGGCAAAGGGUUUUCCGGGCAAAGGUUUUCCAAUGAAAGGCUUUGGCAAAGGCUUCCCACGGCCCCUGGGCAAAGACGCCGCGGAGAUGCAGCGCUUCGCCUCGGAUCGCAAGCAUCGCCUGCGCGACUUCGUGGGAAAUCUCCACGAGGCCGUGGGCAAAGACCUGCUGCGCUUCUCCACCGAGAAAUUGGCCAAGGCCAAGGAGCUCGUGGAGGUGCUUCGUUUGAAGCUGGAGAAGAAUACACUGCCCAUCUUCGCACCCAUGGAGCUGCUGUUGACGGAUGGUUUGUGCAUGCUGUGGCUCUUGGAUAGCUCCGCCACGGAGGAAGACUACGAUCUGCUGAUGGAGCUCUGCCAGAUCACCAGUCGAAGCCAAGCCGGGGCACGUCAUCUGUUAGCUGAUUGCGUGCAAGACGUUUGGCCCAGGCGCACUGCACGACCUGGUGCCAAGACAGCAGGGCUGUUUUCCAGUCAGGCGAAGCCCGGAAAGAAACAAGGCACACAAGCGCCACUGGCACUGCCAGGAGUGCCGCAAAAUGCAGGGCCAGAGCAUUGGAGGGAACUCAUCGUUCAACUCUACAAGGAUCACAACCCAAACAAGGUUGGAGACAUUGAUGGUUUGAUGGCCAAAUACAAAGGCCGCGAGAGAGCACUUUACCUUUGCAUUUGUGAAAAGUACCGGGUCUCUCCCAACUUGGAGUCGAAAGGCUCCCCCAUGACAUCUGAGGAGAAGAAGGUGAAGAAGUAUCGUGACCUGAUCACAGAGAUCUACAAGGAACACAACCCUUCCAAACUUUCAGAUAUUGAAGGCCUCCUUCAGAAAUACAAGGGCAGAGAAGAGCUGGUGUACAAAGGAAUUUGUGAGAAGUACCGCGUUGAGCCCAAAACGUCAAAGGAGGAAGAGGCCAAGACAAGUUUUGAGAAAUACAAACAACUCAUUGCAGAGAUCUAUGAGGAGCACAACAAGGAGAAGUUGGGAGAGCUCGAUGAGUUGCUGGGGAAGUACAAGGGCAAAGAGAAGACGUUGUACCUGGCAGUGUGUCACAAGUACAACAUCGAACCGAAACUCCCGACCACGAAGAAGAAAGACAAGAAUGACAAAAAUGAGAAGAAAGAAGAUGACAAGGAGCACAAGGAGGAUGACAUUGAUAAAGAAAACAAAGAAAAGAACUCUCAGAAUGAAACUGUGGAUGAGAAAGAUUCCAAGGAGUCCAGCAAACUGAAGGAACGUUUGCCGGCCUUGCUGAGACCUUUGAUGGAGAUCGCGGCACUUCAUUCAGGUCUCGAUCAGAAAGAAGCUAAACGAUUGACCACUUGGGAAGAGAAUUGUCCUCGCAAAGUUCCAGCCACUUUGAGUUAUCGCUUUGAGCUGCAGGGUUUGAGCAGUUCCCAAAGCAAGAAAUUGACACAGCAGUUGGCGGGCACCGAGAAAGGCGAGAAAAGUCGCUGGACAAAGUUGAAGACCCUCUGCCGUGGGGCUGAGGUCAAAGGACCCCCUGCUGGAGACGGUGAAGAUGAUUCUUUGACUGUUGCAGCAGAUGGUCCCCCAGAUGCCCGGAAGCUCUUCGACAAAGCCAUUGUUCAUCUCACAGAUGCUCUUGGUCGUGGCGUCCGCGAGUGUAUGGAUGAGAUGGAUUCGGACAAUGAGGGCGCUCAAGACCGUUGGUAUUUGCCAUGGACUUGCGAGGAGAAUGGCUACAUUUUGGAGGAUGACAGGGGCAAGAUGGUGAGGAAGGAAGUGAGUGUGGAGUACCGACGAGGGUGUUGGACUCCACGAAGAUACAUUCCAAUGCAUUCCCAUUCCGCACAUCACAGCCUUUGUGGUCCAGAUGUCCAACGGCUUCCAGAUUUCUGGCGUGAAUUGGCUGACAAGCUGUGGCUGGGCCUUCUGACCCUGAAUUGGGGUACAGAUGUUCCAUUGGAGACGGUGGUGAUCAUUCAAACCACAGGAGGCCAUGAUGCUUCACCAGCCUGUGCUGGCAUGCCACAGGGCUGUCAAGCUGUUACACCCAGUGCAUCGGUGAUUGUGACUGCUCCCAGUGCGGAAGAGUUGGAGACGACCAACCGAAAAUUGGGCCCUUUGUUGAACCGAGCGUUAGCCGGACUUCGGGCCAAUGCAGCUUUUGCGAUGCAUGUGUUGUCCAUGCCCCAGCUGCAGCCCAGGAAAGCCCCUUGGUAUCCUGGGAUGGUCCUUGCUGCACGAGAAGGGAUGGACCAAAGAGAUGUCGCAUCCUCAGAUUCCGAUGCUCCAGAUGAAGACUUCGACCCAGACGCUGACGUCUUGUCCGAUGCCGAAGCCACAGAAGUCUAUCGGCCUUUGCGACUCACCAGGAUGAAGGUCCGAGAAGCUUUCCUGCAGGGACAGCUUUGUUUGAACUGUGACUCUGCAGAGCAUCGUCACCAGGAUUGUCCCUUCCGCAAGAAAGUGUGUUGGAAUUGUCAUGGCAACCAUGCUGGCAAUGACUGCACCUUGAGAUGUCGAUUUUCUCGAGAACGGCAUGAGCUUCCCAUCUUGGAAUCCGUGAAGAAGGUCUGCAGGAGGGUCACUGACUGGAAAAAGUCCAAGUCCUUCCAAGAACAGCGCAACGUCCUCACUCUCCUGGAGCAGCUGAUGAUCAAGUUGGAAGGCUUUGCGGACAUCGAUUUGGCCAAGCACAACAAGGAGGUGCAGGAUUUAGUGAAGCAACUGAAUGAGCACAACACGCUUUUCCCUGUGGAGAUUCAAGAUGUCGCCUUGUCCAUUCUGGAUAUGAAGCCACCCAGCAAGCAGCCAGUGGAGUUGCCAGUGCCCCCACCACCAUCGACCCCGGCGCCCAAACCAUACGUGGCUCCAAAGUUGCCCAAAGAUCCACCCCCACCAAUGCCAGAGAACAAAUAUCCUUGGCAAGAGAAGAUCUUUUUGGACAACAUUUUGUCCAAGGGCUUGUAUGGUUCGAAUGUUUUGAGUCGAGUCAUUGGACGAGGUGGUAUGCAUCACCGACGCAUGGAGAGCGAAAGUGGUGCACGUGUCUUCUUCCGUGGCCUGGGAGUCAGUGGAAGAGACAUGGAGUUAGUGGAUCCCACAGAUUGCCGACUUCAUAUCUCAGUGAAAGGCGAGGUGCCACAACAAGGGAAGUCUGUGAGGAGAAUCAUCAAGGAGAUUGUGGCUGAGUUGGAUGCCGAGCUGGCGGAGAAGGGUGAGGCAGGCCCAGCCUUGGAUAAUCCCAGAAUGCCGGAGGCACAUCCUUUUGGUUUCAUGCUGCCCAGACACAGUGGCCCAGAAAGUGGCGAACCUUUGAAGUUUCGCUUUCCGGAAGAAGAUGGUCAGACUUUGAACGACAUGCUUCUCUGGUUGAAGCAAGCCAAGCUGCCCAUUGAGCUGGAUAGCGACACACAGUGGAGGACAACCUUGCAGGUGACACCAGCUGAGCCACCACUUCCUGACGAUGCCCCAGAACAAGCAGAGAUCGUUGCCUUGAGCUUCAGCAAGAUGAUGCGCGAGUGGAGCUACCCCAGCCCUUAUUGGUUCGAGGAGCACGAUCUGAGACCCACAGGUCUUUGGGCCACUUUGACCACCGCCAGCGAUGGCGGAGCGUUUGCUGCGUUGCAGCCAGGGCAGGGCGUUCGCCUGAGUGCUGUAGCGGUGGAUCACUUCGCCACGAUUUUGGUGAAGAGCCAGAUGUCCAAUUUGCCCAAAGGCAUCGUGGUGGAAGUGUUGAAACGUCUCCGGGGAGUGGUGCGAAGACAGGUGGAAGAUGAACAACUUUUAUUGUACUUGUUGUACCCAUGGGCUUGGUUCUCUGAAUCCAUGCGUCAGUUGAAGUUGCCUUAUGGCAGAGAAAAGGUGCACGAGAUGUUGGCAGACUUGGGUCGUUUGGGUGGAAAGCCCACGGAGUCACAGGUGGCUCCACCCUUCCGCGGAUUCUUUGUGGAGUGGCUGCCACUGAAAGCUGGUUCGAUGCGACCAGAACUGCCUCACUUCGAAGAAGAAGUGGCACCCGAACCCACGCCGUACACGGCACCUGCACUGCCCACGGUGUCCAGUGCUCCACGUGGAUUUUGCAAAUAUUGGUUGCCAGAGGCAGCGUUCAGCUCAAGACAGGACUUGCGAGAACUCAUCACAGGUCCUGGUGGCUCACACUUUGCACACGUGCUGCGAAAGUAUCCAUCUGUUGAUCUUCGAAUUGAAGGUCAAUCCACUCUAUCUGUGCCGCCUGCGCAUCGUCUGCACGUCUCCAUGAGCAGUGAAGACUCUGAGGUCUUCGAAAACGCCUCCGCCGAUGUCUUAGACUUGGUGCAGACAGUGUGCGACAUGAUUGGUGAGGAGCUCCAGAUGGAAGAGGAUCAAUUGGAUGCGCUGAUCGCUCAGAUCCGCACGGAGAAAUACUUCGAAGCUCAUGGCAUCCGCACACCGCUGCCUGCAGCUCGCGUGGUGAAGGAAGAGGCAGAGUUCGAGUUCGUGGAUGAUGAGAUGGAAAUGGAGGACGACAACGAUGACGCUGACACUGAGGAUGAGGAUGCGAGAACAGAAGCAUCCGACUGUAUGUCAGACGUCACUGAAGCAGAUGGAGAGGUCCCAAAGACCGUCUUUGAUGACAUCUGAGAUGCUAAGAUUUGCGAGGUGCAGACUGUAUGCUUCAGGGACCUGUCACUGGCCCUGUGUAAGAACAAA